AUGACGUCCGUGGCCAGAAGACGAGAACAGGAUGAUUCUGGCGAAUUUUCCGAUGCAUCGCAGGAUAUCGACCAGAGCAACUCUGCAAAUGACGGCGUGCAGAACGAGUCUGAUUAUGAUUCUGCGGCUAGUGAAUCAGAACAUUCGGACAGAGAUCCCGAAAGCCAGGAGUCUGAGCGCAGAGUUGACGAUGAUGAGGACAGAAGCAACCCUCAGUACAUCCCCAAGAGAGGCACUUUCUAUGAACACGACGAUCGUACUGCUGCAAGUGGUGAAGAAUCGACCAACACAACAUCGGACGUAGCCUCCGAAAAGAAAGAGGGAUCUGAAGCACCAGCGGAGCGCCGCCGUCCGCCACGCAAGUCCGAAACGGUCAACAAAUGGUCGCACGACAAAUACAACGAGAAUGAACAAAUGCCAAAAUCCCGUGAAGAGUUGGUAGCGAUCUAUGGCUAUGAUAUAAGGAAUGAAGACGCGCCACCUCACGCACGUAGAAACAGACGAUAUGGUCGUGGACCGAACAAGUACACACGCACCUGGGAGGAUGAAGAGGCGUACCGCAGACAGGCCGCCGCUCAACAGCCGCAUCGGAAACCACCAAAUCCAGAGGAGUUCCCUGAACUCGAUGCACCCGGGAAGAAGUUCAACAAGAAGGCCCGAGCUCCUCGCCCACGGUCUAAAUCUCAACCAGCCUCCAACGAGUCUUCGGAUCGCGGAUCACAGCUUCGUCGCAACGCCUCUAUCAAGACUCCAAAAUCUAAGCCUACUCCCAAGCCUAACAUAGUGAAGCAAAACCCCGUUAACAAGAGCAUGUCCAAGACCCCAGUUAAGGAUAAGCUGCCACCACUGGAGAAUCUCACUAUAACAACGACAGUUGUCAACAACAGCGAUGGUCAGACACAACCUCAGAGACGAGUGAGCGCAGCCGUCGCACAACAGAGACCCGUGCCAACUGAGCAGGGCAAGAGGAAACCGACAGUGAACCAGCCACCGCAGCAGAACAAUGUGAUGACGAGUAAACAGCCCGCGCAACAACAACCGGUGCCGCAACAACAGAAACCACAACAGCAGCAACAACAGAAUCAGCAACCGCAACAAACUUCAGGUGCAGAAUCAAAAGCCGGUGGAAGCAAGCGGUACAGCAGUUUGCGUCAAAGGCCGCUCGCAGAGCCUUACUCGCCACAACAGCCUCAACAACAACAACCGCUGCAACAACCGCAGCCACAACAACAAACGCAACAACAACCACCGCAACAACCGCAGCAACAACAACAGCAGACUCAACAGCAACAGCAUAGAUAUCACGGAGAAUAUGCAGGCAACACACCACCACAGACUCAGCAUCAAGGCAGUCCUGUGCCCCAGAUCCAUCCACAGCAGCUAAUACAUCAGGUACAUCGUAACACUACAGUCAACCAGCCCCAUGGACCUUCGCCUCCUCAUCAAGCCUUGCAGCAGCAGCAACAUUCACAACAGGUUAGACUGGGCAUACUGGAGCAACCUCCACAAAUGGUAUCCCAUCCACAUCACUCCAUACACAACAUACCUCCGCAACACUCUAUCGGACAACUGCAACCUGCUCAAGGAUACGCACCACCUGCAAUGAUGCCGGCUCAGUUUAUGCAGCAAGGAGGCAGCGGUGCAGUGUAUAGCGGGCCCGCCAUGUUCGCACAACCACCGGCCGCGUAUCCCCAUCAAAUUUAUCCACAUCACAAUUAUGCAACUCAAGCGGGCGGCGUGACGUACUACAACUGCGCGGAGCAGGAGCCCCCGCCGCCGCAGCCGCGCGCGCAGAGACGCCCCACUGCAGCCAUACCCAUAGUCCGACCGGCCGCUCCGGAGAGGCCGGCUAACUCCACAGAGAAGGACAAUAUUGACAGAAUUGUUGAAAAUAUGUUUGUGAGGAAACCUUGGCCAGCACAAGGCGCCGAAGCGUCAAAAGAAAAGUCACAAGAGAACAGAAGUUCACAAGAGCCGCAGAGCAAGGAGUCCUCACAGCCCAACAGCCUGACAUCCAGCUCCAUAUCAACAGACUCGAAGCCAGCGGAGAGCACGCAGAAAGAAGCAGAAGAUAGCAGCAAGUCAGAGAAGGAAGUGGCAGAGAGCGAAGCAUCGGUACCACAAGAGAGCAUAUCAACAGAUGCCUGA